AUGGCCUCUCCAGUUCCCCGAGGCCUCCGCCAGGUCCUCCAGAAGUCUCCCUCGGACGUUGUAAUCCUUUCUUCGCUCCGUACGCCUGUGACUCGUGCGAAGAAAGGCGGCUUCAAGGAUGCAUACCCGGAAGAGCUUCUCGCCAACGUGCUCCGCGCAACCCUCCAGGCAAACCCGAAACUUGACCCAGCCCUGAUCGAUGACGUCUGUAUUGGCUCCGUACUGCAAGAGCUCGGCGGCGCGAAAGCAGGUCGGAUGGCCCAGAUCCAUGCAGGCUUCCCUCAUUCUGUCCCAUUUCACACGAUCAACAGGCAAUGCUCCUCUGGUUUGGCGGCAAUCACCAGCAUCGCCAAUGGAAUCCGUGCCGGAGCAAUUAAUGUUGGCAUUGGUGGAGGGAUGGAGUCUAUGACCCGGAAUUACGAAUCGCGUGCCAUUCCCACCGUUCUCUGGCCUAGCCUGAAGGAUUCUCCUUCUCAGGACUCCAGGGAUUGCAUCAUGCCUAUGGGCAUCACCUCCGAGAAUGUUGCCUCCCGAUACGGCAUCCUUCGGGCAGACCAGGAUGCUUUAGCCGUUGAGUCACACAAAAAGGCUGCAGCUGCACAAAAUGCUGGCCUAUUCGAUUCCGAAAUCGUUCCAGUGAGAACCCUCACCUUCGAUCCCGAGAACCCUGAAGCAGCCCCGAAAGAAAUCACGGUCACAAAAGAUGACGGCGUUCGUCACGAUAUCUCAGUUGAGAAGAUGGCCAACUUGAAGCCGGCUUUCUCUGCGACAGGCUCAAGCACUGCAGGAAACAGCUCGCAAGUUAGCGAUGGGGCUGCUGCUACUCUACUGAUGCGUCGAUCUACUGCCAUAGAACUCGGGCUGACAUCGUCUAUCAAGGCUCGAUGGGUUGGCACCGCGGUUGCUGGCUGUGCACCAGACGAGAUGGGUGUUGGUCCCGCAGUCGCCAUCCCUAAGCUCCUCCAGCUCCUGGAUAUGGAUGUGUCCGAUGUCGGAACCUGGGAGAUCAAUGAGGCUUUUGCAUCUCAGGCUCUAUACUGCACUCGUAAGCUAGGAAUUGAUGAAACCAAGGUUAACCCCAAGGGCGGCGCUAUUGCCAUCGGCCACCCGCUUGGUGCCACCGGUGCUAGACAGCUAGCAACACUGCUUCCUGAACUGGAGCGCACCGGCCAGGAAGUGGGCGUUGUGAGCAUGUGCAUUGGAACAGGCAUGGGAAUGGCUGGCAUGUUUGUCCGCGAGUAG